CAGUGGGCAAGUGUACUCCUUCCAAUGGUCAUCAGGGAAACUGAACGAUCUGCGUGGAGGGGAGGACAGCGCAGAUCCAGAAAAAAAGAUGUCCUCUCAAAUCAGAUUGAAACUGCUGCCGAGCGUCAAAUGUAUGUUUGAUGAGCCCAUUCAGGUGAAGGUGGCCGGGCUGAGGCCAAGGCAGGUUGUCAGCAUGAGAGCCAAAUCAACUGAUGACAAGGGAGUGGUGUUCAGCUCCUCGGCUACCUACAGGGCAGACAGCAAUGGGGAGGUCGACCUGAAAAGAGACCCCUCGCUAGGUGGGAGCUACGUUGGAGUAGAACCCAUGGGUCUGCUGUGUUCCAUGAGGCCACAUACCAUGCACAAAAAAUAUCAAAAGACAAAUUGCAUAAACCCCCAGGUGGUGAAGUUUUCUGUGCAUGAAGAGGAGGGCAGAUUACUGGCAGAGAUGACAAAUGAGAGGCUUCUGAUGAGAGAUGGGGUCACCAGGGUCCCCGUCAAUGAAGGAAACAUCCGUGGAGUCCUGUUCACUCCUCCAGGAAAAGGUCCUUUUCCUGCUGUGUUGGAAUUGCCCACCUCAAUAUCUGAGGCAAGACCCAGUCUACUGGCUAACAAAGGCUUUGUGGUUCUCUCAAAGGCGGUGUACGAUAAGAAGGGUGACAAUUUCACAGAGAUGCAUCUGGACCACUUUGAAGAAGCAAUGAAUUUCUUAAAAGAGCAACCAAAGGUGGGCAGUAAAGGAGUUGGCAUAAUGUCAAGAUGCAAGGGAGCAAAUAUCGGACUGUCACUCGCUGCUUUUGUGCCAGGUGUCGAGGCCAUAGUGUGCAUCAAUGCCUGUAAUGCCAAUGUGGUCACUCCUCUCUACUACAAGAAACGGCAGAUCCUGUCAUCAUUACUGUAUGACGAAAGCAAGUUUAUUACCACUGAAUCGGGUGCAGUCAUUGUAAAGGAUGCUCUUGAAGAUCCCCUGGCAGAGAAGAACAAGGGCAGCCUCAUCCCCAUUGAACGAGCCAAGACCCAUUUUCUUUUUGCGGCUGUAGAGGACGACCUCAGCUGGGACAGCAAAGCCUACAUGGAUGAAAUGGUGGUGAGACUUAAGCAUCAUGGGAAGGAGAACUUUGAGACUGUUUUUUACCCUGGAGCUGGACACAUGUUGGAGCCACCUUAUGCACCCCACUGCCCCUCCAGCUUCCAUGCAGGUGUAGGCAAGCCAGUCCUGUGGGGAGGUGAGCUCAAGGCCCACAUAGCAGCUGAGAUCCACCUGUGGAAGAAGAUCCAGGAUUUCUUCAAAACUCAUCUGAGUUGUGAUGCAACACAGACUAAAGCCAAAUUAUAGAUUCAAACAGGAUGAUUAGGAAGCUUGAGUUACAGAAACAUAAAUCAUGACAGCAAAUUGGCUGUAUGAAAAUCACAUUUUAUAAUUAAUAUAAUAGCUUUUAAUGUGACAGUUUGAAGUUGUGAUGAAAUUGUGAUUUGCACAUGUGUCUUCCCCUCCUGUAUCUCCUGAGCCCUGUACUCAUGUUUCUUUUUUCUCUUUUCUUUAUAACUCUUUAGAUUGCCACUUGAUCUUCUGUCUUCUUGGACUCUGCAGCAAGCUAUUGUUUAUUUCCAGUCAGCCUUCUUUUAAUGUUUCAUUGAAAUGACUUUUUAUUUGUUUUGACUCUGAAAUAGUGUUGUGCAGAUGAACCUUCUCUCCUGGUGUUAUUGGGACACAUUGUACAUUUAUUCAGCUGUAAGAGGAAAAAUUGCUGAAUGGUUAAGAAAGGAAAUAGAACAAUAGAGAAUGAAGUAUGCGACACGAAAUGGCACUGUCAUCAUGAAAAGCUAAGUCUAUCGCUUCUUCAAAGUAGUCCAGAUUCAUCUUUUUGCCUUUGAAAGCUUUGAUUUGUAUUCAGCUACUGGGAAGGCCAUGAAGCCUUUGUUGACCAGUAAAGAGGCUCUUCUCUCCUGGUAUUUAUACAGAAAAAAGUUCAUCCUACUACUAAUCCUACUUUUUGACCUGAUAUAUCUUCUGCAGUCACUAAUUAGGAUUUAACUAAUUAAAUUAUAUAUAGGAAUUAAUGCACUGAACAAUUUAAUCAAGUUUCUUCACAUUUACUCCUUGUGUACUGGUCAGUAUCUCAAAUAUCCUAUCAAUGCAAUGCUUUCUUAGAUUAAACACUAUAUAGUUGGUCGUGUACUUUAUGAGCUGGUGAUGAGCAUCAAUCAAUCAAUCAAUUGUUAUGUGCAAUGUAACUAUUGUGGGAAUGGGAGUAAAUAUGAAAUUAUCGUGUUUACUUGAUUUAAAAAAAUCUUUUGCUAUAUGUAUGUGUUCAAAAAUCACCCUUCGGCGUAAAUUAACUAAGAGGAGGAAGGAGUGAAACUGUGUCUAAACUUGCUGCAGUCACAACUUCCUUUUUGACUGACCCAGGGGCGAUUCUAGGAUCAGCGCUUUGGAGCUGCCCAGCCAGGCAAGAUGAACUUUACUCAUCAUGAUGAGACUUCUUCCCUGUCUCUGUCAGUCCCUGCAUUCUUAAAUGUGUCCAGUUGUCCUGAGUUCUCUCUGACUGUCUCCUUGGUGCAUUUAAACCCCUGUUCCUCCCUG